GACAGUGGCGUUUUUCUCUGAGGCAAACACUGUGAGGCUGGCCUUGGGGAGGGGGGGGGGUGUGGUGUGGUGUGGAUCCUGUGUGCCUCUGGGUUUGCUAAGAGAGAGACAGGGAGAAAAGGAGAGAGAGAACAAGAGAGAAGCAGGAAAGAAAGGGAGAGUGGAAUUAGACAGAGGUGGAUACACGCACACGGAGACAGAGGGACAGGGCGAGCCAGAGAGGACGCGAUCAAAGGGACUAAAGAAGAAGGGAACAGCAGUGAAGGUGCUGGAGGAGACAGGCUGGACGCGCACGCCCGCUGCCUUCUCCUCUGUCUGUCCAGAGGGAGCGAUGGCUGACAACAGCACUCAUCCCCUCCUGGAAAUACUUCAGUCUUUUGGCCUGAGGGAUGUGAUCUUGGCCUUCUGUCUCUCCAUGGUGGUAGGCCUACUCCUGGGUGCUCUGGUCUAUAUGACCCUCACCUGGAUGUCCCGUCGACGUGCCUCAGCCACCAUCACCUGUUCGUCCUCGUCGCGCUCCUCCACCCGCGCCGCCUCCUCCUCCUCUCCGCGCUCCCGGCCUGGCUUUGGCCGACACAACAGCGGCUAUGACCGCCGCAGCAACAACAGCCUGGCUGGUGCCGCCUUCUCCUUCCACCGGCACGCGUCCGCCCCCUCGCCCGGUGACCAGGUUGACCUGCUGGGCCGCAAGUCCAGCUUCAGGGCCUCCACCUUCCACCCGCUGCUCCAAUGCAGUCAGAUCGCCCGCGAGGCCGAGGAGGGCAGCCAGGCCAGUCUGCCACGGACCCCCACCCUUCCAAGUGGCCCGGGACUGACCAGCUCUAACAGCACCAGCGGCUCCAUGGUUACCCCACCCAGGACCAGGCCCAGACCAGACUCCUUCUGGGGUAACAGCGGUCUGAGGGGCUUCCACGCCACGCCGACCCCCCCGCCAGCCUAUGAGAGCAUCAUACGGGCUUAUCAGGAGACCUGUACUUGAGCGCUUUGAACGAGCGGCCCAGGCAGUGAGGAGAAGUGGUGGUGAUGCUCACGGACUUGAUAGGCCAAGAUGGGGAUGAUGCACAAUGCAAGACCUUGGAUCGGAAUUGGGUGCAUGAGUGAUUUUAUGAUGCUUAGUUAUUGUCUUAUUGUUGUAUUGUUAUUGUUAUUGCUGUAUACAGUGUUUGCGUGUGUGUGUUUAUAUGAGAGAUAGAGAUAGAGAUAGAGUCUGAGAUAGCGAUAUACACUAACAUAGAGAUAGAUAGAGAUCAAGAUAGAGAUAGAGACUGAGAUAGAGAUAUACACUAGGAUAGAGAUAGAUGGAGAUAGAGAUAGAGAUUGAAAGAGAGAGAGAGAGAGAGAGAGAUAGAAAGAGAGAGAGAGAGCAGGACUGCAUAUUAGUUUGUCACUGCUAUGAUAGGAUUAGUGCUGUAACUUUGACAUACUACUAUUAUGACUGAGAAUACCAGCUUGGUGAGCUGAGAGAGUGUCGAAGGUUCAUGACCUACUACAGUUUUGUGGAUUUCCUUUAAAACUGUUUCCAUUCAGUGGGCUUUGUGCAAAAAGCAUAUAAUAAAGAACUGGCUGAGAAGGA